ACUAAAAUUUCGACGAUAGAAAAUUUAGAGAAAAUAGUUAUUAAACCUAAAAGCAUUGUUAAACUAUGAACGCCAAUUACCAACUUGAUUACAUUGAGGGCAUUCCCGCCAAAUGUCCUGUGAUUGGUUGCCCGGCCCAACUGCCACCGCAGCAGUUGCUUGCGCAUCUGCUAAUGCUUCAUCGCCCCGAGGACUCGAUGCAGGAGUUGGGCGACGAGUGGCAAAACAUUUGCGAACUGGACUUGUUCGAGCUAAGCCCUGGUUCUAAUCACGUCGUGGACGCGAUAGCCUAUGCCGGCUCAGGCAAGGCGAACCGCAGCCGUCCCAUUGGGCAGGAGCUGCAGCUGUUGCAUCAUCUGCCCAUUCUAGUUAUGUUGUAUGUCAGACCGCCUAAAGUAAAUGUGGAGCAGCAGUAUAUACUGUAUCUAGUCGCUCCGGUCGCCUCCCGCAGAGUGAGGGCCCAUGUCAGUCUGCUGAGUGAGUGGGAUGGCAGUGAGUUGCGUGGAAUGCGUUGCCUGCGCAACUAUUUGGACGCACCUCUAAACGAUAGCGAGGAGCUGCUGCACUGCAACAUGGACUAUCUGAUUUACAAGGCAACGGACGUUUGGAAGCACUCCACCGCCGGCGCCAUGUGCACAAUUCAACUUAGUGUGGUGCUGCUCGGCGAGCCAAACUUGUUCGAGGUGCCUGAUGACCAGCAGGAGCAGUCAGCCUAACAACAAGAGCCACUCAGUGAGUCAUGUGUGGUGGCUGAAAACUAACAGCUGGGCCGCAACCAACAGAAAAAAAGAAAAAACUAUUCGAGUCCAUUGACGCAGACUUGUGAUCUGAGUGCCUGUCAAUAAUACUUUGUUGUUGUUGGUUUUGUUAUUGAAUGAAACGCUGCUCAACUGUCAGAAAAUUGUUUCGACUUAU